AGCUAAGUUAAGGAGCUGUUCCGUUACUGUAAGGCUAUCCCGCUCGUCGAUCAAUUCACGAGGGCGCCGGCGACACCUGCAAUUUACCCCUUGCAUGUAUUUAUGAAUCGUGUUCCACUGGCCUGGGCGACUUGCCAAUUCUGUCAGACACGGCACCUACCAACCUUGCCUGUCGUAUCAAUUCGAUCCUCCCCUCCAAAGAAAGGAGAUAGAUAAGUCAUAGAGAGUGUUCUCCCACCUGCACUUUCCUUGCAGUCUUGUUUACUUCAACAGGCCAUCAACGGAUCCAAUCAAUGCCCCUGCACUGGGCAGUCGAUCUACAUAAGGUAGCCUAUUCCAAAGCAGGGACCUUAUGUACUGAAAGCAACUCGCCUGAUACUCUGCCUCUACCGAGGAAUUAUUGCAGUAAGCUUAAGUAUGGUCCUCGUUUAAUGUCCCCCUGCACAACACGGAUGACAACAAAGUAGUGCACCCAUGUAGAUCGAGUCCAGGUAUUCUUUAUUUCUUUAUCUACAUUCAGACUGUUGUCACGGGGAGGUCAUACAUACAUGCUUGUAUUGUAAUUGCCAGUUCCACUCUCGUCAAGUUCCCACUUGUCGGCUUCCCUCAGCAUCCGGUCAUAACUUACACUAUUCGUAACUGUCUGCAGGGGGAAGGAUAUUGGAAAUAGCCGCUGCCCAGGGGAGCGGGAUGAAGAGAAUGGCGGGGCAUCCAGAGAACCCCGCCAGCACCCCUCAAGUUAAACCACUUCCUACCUAGGUAUCACGGUCACUUCAUUUCAGCUUCGCUGUCAUCAACGAGACCCAAUCACUCUCAUUCUUCAGAGCCUCGCGACGCUCCAGUAACUUCCCACCCCACUCCUUUGUCAAAAUGUCUACUAUCCCGCCCUUCCACCGCCCACCCCACCCCAUGACCCUUGGCGAAGCACCCCUCUACCGCCCCAGCGACUCCACCCUCCACUGGGUCGACGUCCUCAAAACUCCCUCAGAACUACACGUCCUGCACAUCUCACCCCAAACCGGCGUUCCCCUAGGUCCCUCUCGGAUCCUUCAACUCCCGGACAGCGUCUCAGUAUUCUAUUUCCGGAAGGGUGUGAAGGGCAGUUAUAUCUGUGCGUACCAUGGAGGAAUUGCGUUUAUGGAUGAGGAGACGGGGAAGUUGGAGGUGCUGAAGGAGAUUAUUAGUGAGGGGGAGAGAGAGAGCAGAAGAUUUAAUGAUGGAGGGGUUGAUGCGAAGGGGAGGUUUUGGGCGGCGGAGAUUGAUAAGAAAGCUGUAUCUUUCGGACUUGGUGGCCCACCUGAAAGUUACGGAAAGCCAAAGGGAAGAUUAUGGAGGUAUGAUCCUGAUGGCAGUUUGCAUCAAAUGUUUGAGGGUGUAGUAUGUGGGAAUGGUAUUGAUUGGAGUCCAGAUAAUAAGACUUUCUAUCUGAAUGAUUCUGUGGGGCAAAUGGUUUAUGCUUUUGACUUCGAUUUGGAGAUGGGAGAGAUUUCGAGUCAGAGGACUUUGGUAGACUUUCAUGGUACGCAGGGAGAACCAGAUGGGAUGGUUGUGGACACUGAUGGAAAUCUGUGGAUUGCAGUUUACGGGACAAAUCGAGUCAUGGUCUUUGAUCCAAGCGGGAAGAAAAUAAAGGAGCUAGUCUUCUCAGGACAACGGCUGACUUGCCCAACAUGGGGAGGGGAGAAUCACGACAUCUUAUUCGUCACGUCUGCCAAAGGUGGGAAUGGUAUGGAAGGCAAAGCAGACGAGGGCGGUAACAUGUUCAGCUACAAGGUCGUGGAUGGACCGAAAGGAAGGCCAGAGAAUGAGUUCGCUGGAUAAGCAAUGAUUGGAGCAGCACGAUAUCUACAUUAUCGAAUACGUUUUAGAAAGAGAAUAAAAUGAUAGAACCUAGCAAAUCAGGUGCGCUAGCGCUCAUGUCAUUAAUUUCAAUUCUCUUCUUCAAUGGCCUCAA